CAAAGUUCGAACGACAGUCACGCCACAACGAAAGUGUUCUGGAGGAGGCACCAGCAGCAUGUUAGGCAAGGCAUUUGUGGUGGUGACGGCAUGGCUAGUUGGUGUGUCGACGGCAUUGACAGUCAAAGUGCCUGGGGGACAGCGGGAGUGCUUUAUUGAGCACAUCAAGACGAAGCGGACCGCGUACCUAGAGCUCGCGGUAUUGGAAUCAAACGAUCUGUACGACAUCCGCCUCACAGCGCAUGGACCGUAUGCGACGACGCCGUCGAUGGCACAGAAGGAUAUGCUGUUCUUCGACUCGCUCGUGACAACGGCUUCGUUGGAUGAGACGUCGAAGAACGUACAACGCAACGGGUUCAACUUUGACACCGAGCAUCGUGGCGGGUGGUACAAGUUUUGCCUCGGCAACGAACACUCAUCAAAGAACGGCAAGAAAGUCGACUUCUCUGUGCGCUUUGGCCUGACCAAGGAGGACGAGCUUGGGCACGAAGACAUUGCGGAAGCGUCCACGAAGGACAUGCACAUCGAAACGGUGAAGGCUUCACUGGCCCAUCUGCAAGACAUGUUCUCAUCUAUCCAGUCGGAACAAACGUACUACCUCCAGCGAGACAAACGACACUCUAAAACCGCCGAGGGCAACCAGUCGCUUGUGUUUUGGUGGACCCUGGUGCAAGUGCUGCUGGUGGCCAUCGUCUACGGCCUGCAGAGCCACCUCAUGACGCGGUGGUUCAGUGGCGGAGGGCUCUUGACCUCCAGUGGCAGUAGCAGUUCCAAUUCGCGUCGUGGGUGGGCUUUGUAAGUGGCAGUCGGAGCGAUAGACUUCCGAUUGGCGAGUUUUCAACGCUACAACUGUUCAUUUUGCAUAAAGUAGCAGUGAAGUACCCCUGCGCCUGACAAUCGUCAAGAUAAGAUGAACUGGCAUGAAGUUAUUGGAAAUCGAAUCAUCGCUUCCAAGAAUCCACCACCCACAGGAUGAUCAAAACACAACUAUCUUUGCUAGGAUUCGUACAGCUACAUAGUAUGUAAUAUACACGGGUUAGAGAUUGC